AUGGACGUGACCUCAUCAUCCAACCAGUCCUCAGCUAACACCCAGAGCCAAGUCAACAGUCAAUGUGAACACAUUGAUAAAUCAGGCCACCUCUUCUUUGCACUGGCCUACAGUCUGGUGUGUGUGCUCUCCAUCUGUAGCAGAAGUGAGCAGUCCAACUGCUGGUCUUGGCUGUGCCUGUGGGAGUUUGCCAGCCCUGAUGAAGGUGGUGUGUUUUGGGCCGCAAACUUGAUGGUUCUUGGACACAGCAUCCGAGAUGGCCUCUGCCACCGUCAUGAGCACCUGGUCAUACCACCAGUGGUGGGUUUGGUCCUCAACGGCUUCACCCUGAAGGUUUACUUCUGCUCAGCUCAGCGGCAGGUGUCCAACAUCAUGAUGGUCUACCUGAAGAACCUGGCAGCCUCUGACUUCCUGCUCUGCCUCUGCCUCCCCUUCUAUAUAGCCAACUACGUCAGCAGCUCUGUCACUCUCCGCCUGGUCCACUGCAUCUUUGCCACCUGCGCCUUUUACCUCAACAUGUACGCCAGCAUCCUGUUCAUGGGUUACAUCGCUGCUGACAGGUAUUUUAAGAUCAUCCAUCCUUUAAGAACUCGCAUCCUGUGGACAGUGAAGGCUGCCCGCAUCAUCUCCACGGUAACCUGGGUUUUCCUCCUGGCUGUUGUAAUCUCCUACAUCACCCUCUGGUUCCUCACCCAGCCAGAAUUGACCUUUGUCCCUGACACAUGUGACACUUUGCAAAGCCCCCAGGUCAUUGUAUUCUACAAAAUCAUCCACAUCUGCUCCACUGCCACCUUCCUGUUUGUCCUUGUCUGCAUGAUCUUCUUCUACUACAGCGCCUCCCGCAGUGUGUUGCAGGCACAGCAGAGGCAGCUGGCAUCCUCCAGCUGCCAGAAGCUCAUGAGGUCAAGCAGGAAAAUGUUGGUGCUGGUCAGCGUCUUCUGUGUUUGUUUUGUGCCCUACCACCUCACUCUCAUUCCCUAUGCCUUACUGAGGAGGUAUUGCUCCUUACGCCUGAUGUUGCACUACCUGAUAAAAGGGACCAUCUUACUGUCAGUCCUCAAUGUCUGUCUGGAUCCGGUCAUCUACUUCUUCAGCUGUAAGGCCUUUCGGACCAAUCUGAACCUGAAGCAGAUGUUCAGCAGGAACAAGCAAACACGGAGCACAGAGACAAGAAGGAACGAGGGGCGGCUGAGCAUCAUCCACACCAACUGA